GCAGGCUUCUCUAUUCGUGCCGUCCACCUCUUAUAGAACAUUCUAUCCUCUUCUCCCCUAUCCUCAUCCCAAGCAAACAAUUUACAACUUUCCAAAAGAGAAAAGAAAUCUUGAUACAACAUGGCCGAAGGAAUCGAUAGAAGGGAGGAUGCUCGUCUUGAGUUCAGCACCAGCAAGGAGGUUACAGUGGCACCUACCUUCGAGGCCAUGCACCUGAAGGAAGGCCUCCUUCGCGGAAUCUACGCCUACGGUUACGAAUCUCCUUCUGCCGUUCAGAGCAGAGCCAUCGUCCAGAUCUGCAAAGGUCGCGAUACCAUCGCCCAGGCUCAAUCCGGAACCGGUAAAACCGCAACUUUCUCCAUCUCCAUCCUACAAGUCAUCGACACGGCGGUUCGUGAAACCCAGGCACUAGUCCUUUCCCCUACCCGAGAACUCGCGACCCAGAUUCAGUCCGUCGUCAUGGCGCUCGGUGACUACAUGAACGUUCAGUGCCACGCUUGUAUCGGCGGGACCAACGUUGGCGAGGACAUACGCAAGCUCGAUUAUGGCCAACACGUCGUCUCCGGCACACCCGGUCGCGUAGCGGACAUGAUUCGCCGUAGGAACUUGAGAACCAAACACAUUAAGAUGCUGGUUCUAGACGAGGCAGACGAAUUGCUCAAUCGUGGGUUCAGAGAACAGAUUUAUGAUGUUUACCGCUAUCUUCCCCCGAGCACCCAGGUUGUCGUCGUAUCCGCUACCCUCCCCUACGACGUUCUGGACAUGACUACGAAGUUCAUGACAGACCCCGUCCGCAUCCUUGUCAAGCGUGACGAAUUGACCCUCGAAGGGCUGAAACAAUACUUCAUCGCUGUCGAAAAGGAAGAAUGGAAAUUCGACACUCUCUGUGAUCUCUACGACACCCUCACAAUCACACAAGCAGUCAUUUUCUGCAACACACGUAGAAAGGUCGACUGGCUAACGGAGAAGAUGCGCGAGGCGAACUUCACUGUCUCCGCCAUGCACGGAGAAAUGCCGCAGAAAGAGCGCGAUGCUAUCAUGCAGGAGUUCCGCCAGGGAAAUUCUCGCGUGCUCAUCUCCACCGAUGUUUGGGCCCGAGGUAUCGAUGUUCAGCAGGUCUCUUUGAAUUAUAUUCAUAGAAUUGGUAGAUCUGGCCGUUUCGGUCGCAAAGGUGUCGCUAUCAACUUUGUCACAAGCGAGGACGUCAGAAUCUUGCGUGAUAUCGAACUUUUCUACAGUACUCAAAUCGACGAAAUGCCAAUGAACGUUUCGGAUCUGCUCUCGUAGGCAAUUUUUCUUCAUUUUCCAGAUCAUGCUUUUGAGAAAAGCCCGAGCUCCAGAAACAAAAAAAGGGGGCAAGGCCGGUCAUCGAGGGGAGGAAAUGGGGCUGCAUUUUCACUGGUGAGCCUACAUUUGCAUUUUUUCUUAUUAUGAACGGGUUUCAGGUCCGGGAGGAAAUCUUCGGUUGGCUGAUGGAUGGCUGGUGUUUGGAGUUCUUUUUUCCUUACAACAAAAAAAAAAAAUUCACGAAGUCUUUUUUAUUUUUCCACAACUCCUAAUGAGUAGAAUGACAGGGAGUCGAGAUGGUAAGGCUUAUUGCGUUGAGAGGCGAGAAUUGGAUUUUUAACUGGGGAUAAUACAAUAGUCACUAUUC